AAAGCUCUAAAACAACAAAAACAUAUAUACCUCAUUAAAAGCCCCUCAAACAAAGGUUUCUCUCUCUAAAAAAAAUAUUUAUUUAUUUGUUGAUUUCUUUUUUUUCUCCUUGUGUUGCCCACAAAACCAUAAUAUUUAUUAUCUCUACUAUUCUACUAUUUGCAUCUUCAAGCUUACCAAUCUCUUCACACAAAGAAACUAGGAUAGAAAUAUAGAUAGAGAAAACUAUGUGCAACCCUAAGCCUUCUUCUCCAUCCUCCUUUGUCUCCAAUGAAAAAGUCCAUUUUGUGAACUCAAACAAACCAAUUGAUGUUCAAGUUGAUGAUGAAGAAGAACAACUUCAUAAAUGGCCAACCCCAUCUGAGGCUUUUGAAGAAAUGAAAGAAAUAGGUAAGAUUGCUGGACCAACAGCAAUAACAGGGCUGGUACUUUAUUCAAGAUCCAUGAUCUCGAUGCUAUUUCUUGGAUAUUUAGGUGAACUUGAGCUAGCUGGAGGGUCUCUUUCAAUUGGUUUUGCUAAUAUAACUGGUUACUCUGUAAUCUCUGGUUUAGCUAUGGGAAUGGAACCAAUUUGUGGACAAGCUUAUGGUGCUAAACAAAUGAAACUUCUUGGGAUUACCCUUCAAAGAACAGUACUUCUUUUACUUUCAACUUCAAUCCCUAUCUCUUUCAUGUGGCUAAACAUGAAAACAAUACUUUUAUGGUGUGGUCAAGAUGAAGAUAUUUCAAAUAUGGCCCAUACUUUCAUUCUCUUUGCAAUUCCCGAUCUCUUUUUCCUAUCUUUGCUCCAUCCCCUUCGGAUUUAUCUUAGGACACAAAAUAUUACGUUGCCAUUAACUUAUUGUUCUGCUAUUUCUGUACUCCUACAUGUCCCACUCAACUUCCUCCUCGUGCGAUACUGCGAUUUGGGUAUUGCUGGUGUUGCUCUAGCUAUGGUCUUAACUAAUUUGAACUUUUUUCUCUUGCUCUGCUCUUUUGUUUACUUUUCCGGUGUAUAUAAGGAUUCGUGGGUUGCCCCGAGCAUGGAUUGUGUUCGGGGAUGGUCCUCAUUGCUGGCGUUGGCCAUUCCAACGUGUGUUUCUGUUUGUCUAGAGUGGUGGUGGUAUGAAUUUAUGAUAUUGUUAUGUGGACUAUUGCCUAAUCCUAAAGCUACAAUUGCUUCUAUGGGGAUAUUAAUCCAAACUACUUCUUUAGUCUACGUCUUCCCAUCUUCCCUAAGCCUUGGUGUUUCAACUCGAGUUGGAAAUGAGCUGGGUGCUAAUCGCCCUGGUAGGGCCCGGGUAUCGAUGAUCGUUUCCCUCAUCUGUGCAAUGGCAUUGGGAUUAGGGGCAAUGUUGUUUGCAACAUUGAUGAGGCAUAAAUGGGGUGGUUUUUUCACAAAGGAUGUUGAGAUACUUAAAUUGACUUCGAUUGCAUUGCCAAUUGUAGGGCUUUGUGAAUUGGGGAAUUGUCCACAAACAACAGGUUGUGGUGUGCUGAGAGGAAGUGCAAGGCCUACAAUUGGUGCAAAUAUUAAUUUGGGCUCAUUUUAUUUAGUUGGAAUGCCAGUAGCUAUACUUGUUGGAUUUAUAUUAAAAAAGGGGUUUGGUGGAUUAUGGAUUGGGUUACUUGCAGCACAGGCAUCAUGUGCAAUACUAAUGCUUUAUGUAUUGUGCAAAACUGAUUGGAAAGUUCAAGUGGAAAGAUCAAAGCAGUUAACACAAUCAACUUCUUUGCCAGUCACAAUGCCUAAUUUGGACAAGAAAAAGAUCAAGAAAAAAAAGAAUAAUAAUAAUAAUAAUAAUAAUAAUCUUGAAGAGAUUUUGUGCAAUAAAGAGGAAGAUGAUUUGAUGAAAUCAGAAGAUGCUUCACUUGAUACAGACCCUCUUAUAUCUUCAACUACUUAAUUAAUUCACAGAUUAUUGUGCAUUGAUUGGAUUAACUCUCUCCAUUUCUAUUUUUACUUUUUUUUUUUUUUUGGGUCCCUCUAAUACCCUUGGAUGGGUUGAUGUGAAAAAUUGUUCAUUGGGAUUUUAUAGACUAAUCAUGUUAACAUUUGAUGAUCAAAAGAGUGUAUUUGAUGAUCAUGAGGAUGUAUAUAUAAAACUACUAGCUAGCUUUGUUAUA